AUGCCUACUUUUAUUAGCGCACUAUUGAAAGAACCGCUCAAGAGUGAGCUCAUUGCAAUAUUGCAGGAGUUCAGAGAUUGUUUUGCUUGGCAUUAUCAUGAAAUGCCAGGUCUAGACAGGGAAUUAGUGGAGCACAAGCUGCCAAUCAAAGAGGGAUACCUUCCAGUCAAACAGGCCAGAAGAAGAAUGUCCAUGGACACAAAACUGAAGGUCAAAGAAGAAAUAGAAAGGUUGCUCAAAGCAGGAUUCAUCAGACCAGCCAUCUAUGCUGAUUGGCUAGCUAAUAUUGUACCAGUUCUGAAAAGAAAAAUUGGGGCAGUCAGAAUCUGUGUGGAUUACAAAAAUCUAAAUGAAGCUUCUCCCAAGGAUGAGUACCCUAUGCCAAUGGCAGACAUGCUAGUAGAUGGAGCUGCUCACAACCAGAUGCUAUCUUUUAUGGAUGGCAAUGCAGGUUACAAUCAGAUCAUGGUGGCAGAAGGAGCCAUCCACAAGACAGCCUUCAUGUGUCCAGGACAUAUAGGUGCUUUUGAGUACACUGUAAUGCCUUUUGGCUUAAGAAAUGCAGGGGCUACUUAUCAAAGGGCAAUGAAUUCUGUCUUCCAUGAUAUGAUAGGGCAUUCUUUGGAAGUUUAUAUCGAUGAUGUGGUGAUUAAAACCCCAGAGGAAGAAAACCACAUAUCAAAUCUAAGGAGAGCAUUCCUAAGAAUAAGGCAACAUAAACUAAAGAUGAACCCAAAGAAGUGUGUUUUUGGAGUUGAAGCAGGAAAUUUCCUAGGAUUCUUGGUCCACCAGAGAGGCAUAGAAAUCGAAAAGAACAAAGCAAAGUCCAUCAUAGAAGCUCUACCACCUAGGAACAAGAAAGAAUUGCAGAGUCUUUUAGGAAAAAUUAAUUUUCUAAGGAGAUUCAUAUCCAAUUCUGCAGGGAAGAUCCAGCCUUUCUCCUCUUUGUUAAGAUUGAAACAGGAACAGACCUUCAAGUGGGAAGAACAGCACCAACAAGCUUUCCAGGAAAUCAAGCAUUACCUCUCAAACCCACCAGUUCUGUCCCCCCCAAAGAGAGGCAGACCACUCAAGCUUUAUGUAUCUGCAUCAGAAGUAUCCAUUGGGAGUCUGUUAGUUCAAGAUAACAAGGAAGGGAAGGAACAGGCAGUCUACUACCUGAGCAGAACUCUGACAGAGGUGGAAAGAAAAUAUUCUGCAAUUGAAAGACUUUGCCUAGCCUUGUACUUCACUGCUGUGAAACUCAGACACUACAUGCUGCCAUACAUCAUUGCCAAGACAGAUCUGAUCAAGUACAUGCUAACAAGACCAAUGCUGAGACGCAGAAUUGGAAAAUGGACCUUGGCCUUGACAAAAUUUGCCUUCAGAUAUGUUCCUCAGAAAGCUGUCAAAGGACAAGCUGUGGCAGACUUCCUAGCAAAUCAUCCUGGGGAGGAGAUUGAGAACAUGGACUCUUUGGACAUAGCAAAUGCAGAUCUAUUGACUAGAGCUCACACCUGCCUCAACAAAUCUAUUCAGUUCAUCUCACACCUUGGAAGCUAUACUUUGAUGGAUCAAAAACUGAUAUAA